AGAAAAAUAUCAGAGCCAAGUGAAAGUGUGAGUGAAGAAAAGAACAAGAAAGAUGCCGAGCAGCAGGUUUUCAGGUUCUUUAUCAGCCCCGAAAGUUGAUGUGGCUAUAGACAUGGGCAAUCCAUUUCUCAAUGUCACCGUCGAUGGUUUCUUGAAGGCUGGAACUGUGGCAGCUGCAAGAUCAGCCGCAGAGGAUGCAUUUCACAUCGUCAAAAGCGGGAGUUUUUCGAGUCACAAUUUGGAGAAAAGUUUGAAGAAGAUGUGUAAAGAAGGUGCAUAUUGGGGAACUGUAGCUGGAGUUUAUGUGGGAAUGGAGUAUGGAGCAGAAAGGCUUCGUGGAACCAAAGACUGGAAGAAUGCCAUGGUUGGGGGUGCUUUGACCGGGGCUCUGAUCUCAGCAGCUACCAACAAAAGCAAAGACAAGGUUGUGAUAGAUGCCAUCACAGGAGGAGCCAUUGCAACUGCUGCAGAAUUCCUCAGUUACCUCACCUGAAACGGGGAAUUGAAGUUCUUUCUUUAUCUCGAGUAGUUAUUUUAUGUUUAUGUUUCUCUCAUCUCUUCAUAAGAACCAUAAUAAUGUCAAAAUAACGAAGACAUUUCUCAUCUGGUUGUAAAAGUCUUUGCUUAAAGGACAGAGAUGGUGUGCUGAGUUGAAAAACCAGCAGUGACAUUUUUUUUUUUUUUUUUUUUUCCUCAAAUUAGAAUUUUUACCUUGGUUAAAUAAUAUCGUUUUAUUAUGAUGAA